UGUGCUAUUUCUACAUAUUUAUGCGUUUAUCUUGAAGCGGAAUUCUUUUUGGCUUAAAACAUUAAUAACGUAUUUCUGUUCACAAUAAUUCAUAUGCAAGAUGACGUGCAUUUGUGUGAUUUGCACACUCCGUAGGCCGCCGCUGACGCCGCUGGGCACGGAGCAUAGGCAGCUACUCGACGCUAUUGUAUCUCCAGCUAUUACCAUCGUUGACCUUAGAGCUUGCGAAAUGUUGGUGUGCGCGGAGUGUCAGGAGAAGCUGCACUCCGUACAGCAGUUCCAGAAGAUGGCGGUGUACGGCCUCACCAUACUCAAGUCUGUGCUCUCUAAAGCGAACAACGCAACGGAACAGGAUCAGAAAAUAAAAACACUUAUACAAAUGGAAGAUGGCCGGAAACUACUUGUGAAUCCAAUAUCUGUUGUGGAGACAGUUAUAAAAGAACCGGAAAUGGAAGAACCAGCCAGUCACACUCAAUUACAUGAGUCAAUGGACGCACAGGACAGGCCUAUCAAAUCGGAGCCGCACGCGACACCAGAGCAGCCCUAUUUAGACGUUGAUUUCAAGCUUGAACUUCAACCCGAAUACGAGACAACUGAAUUUGAACCUGAACUAGAGUUGAAAUCAGAGUAUGUUGAUUUUGACUCUGAAUCUGAAUUUGAUAACGCUUCCUUGAGUCGCUCCGAGCAGUGCGACUCGAAGACAACAGCGGAGUGUGUCACCGGAGUACAGAACAUUGCGGUUCACACACCAAUUAGGAGCACCCUGCUAACUAAUCACGUUUAUAAGUCCAUUGAAAAGAAAGUUAAGCCUGCAAUUUUAAAACAAGCACACAGAGCACCAAAAGAACCCAAAGCAGCAAAAGUGGGUAUAAUAGCUAGAGCGUACGCCGCCAAACAAGCUAAAGCAGCUUUAAAAGCUAGCGCAAAUGCAGUUAAAGAAGUUAACGUAGCUUCAGAAGGAGCAAAUAAAAUUAUAGAAGCAAAUGUAGCUUCAGAUGAAACACAUGCGGAAACACAAGGAAACAUAGCUUCAGAAGCUAGCGAUAAUGCAGAUAAAGAAGCAAAUGAAGCUGUGGAAAAGGAAAAGAAAAGAGAGAGUAAGAAGUCGGCGCGCGUGCAGUGCGCCAUCUGUGACAAGCUCCUGUGCCACAACCGGAGUCUUCGCCAACAUUACUAUCUACUGCACGCCGCGGUAAAUCCGGUCAAGUGCGAGUUGUGCCACAAGCAGUUCCGCAACGCGGGUGUGCUCCAUUACCACCAGUGUCCGCAUAAAAAGGGCCUCCCUCGGCCCGCGCCGACGCAGGACUGCGCGGAGUGCUCGCUGCACUUCCCGAACCGCGCGCAGUACAAGGCGCACCUCCAGACCCUCAAGCACACCUCCAGGGACCUCUACAAGUUCGAGUGUGAAGUGUGCAAGAAGAGGUUCCGCUACAAGCACUGGAUGCGCGACCACGUCGACUGGAUACACCGAGGCCUGAAAAAGUACUCGUGCUCGCGCUGCGAGUCGUCGUUCGGGGCCUUCACGUCGCUGCGGCGCCACGUGGCGCGCGCGCACGACAAGGUGGCCGCGACAAGGGAGACGCACGUGUGCGACCUCUGCGGGAAGACCUUCAAGGUCAAAAAGUCAUUAGAGGAGCACCAGCUGACGCACUACGGGCUCCGGCCGUUCUCGUGCGGCUCCUGCCCCGCCGCCUUCUCGUACCGCGCCGCGCUCUACACGCACACCAGGCUCAAGCACCGCGGCGGGAAGAGGAAGAGGCAACUACUACAUGAACGGACGGCAGCCGGUGACAAUCCUGAACACCACCGAGAGAACAGCAAGGGAGAGAAGGAACAAGAAGAUGACGAACAAACGGAUGACGAUGAAAGUCCUCAAUACUUGGAAUUUACAUUUGAUGACUGA